AUGCGUUUUCUGGUUGUUCUUUUCAUCACAACGAGCUUCUUGGCCAGUAUUUUGGCCAACAAAGUGGAAACUGUCGAUUUUCUGAACACUCUCUUUAUUACAAACAGAACGGCGUUGAAAUGGACGGAUUUCGUGCAAAAUGUGGCGAACGAAUGUGGGUUAUAGUCUUCACAAUUACUUCUUACAGUAUGUAGAUAAUGAAUAUUUGAAAAAAAUCGGGUUUCAGGGUCAGUUAGCCCAGUUUGCUCGAAUCUGUUGGAAUCGGCCUUGGAAAUCGCUCAAAAUCAGACUUUGUCCGCCUUCAACUGCAAUAAUUCCAAAUGCUUUGGUAAGUAAAAUCUCUAGAGUGCCCUGAAAAAGCCUUGAGGCGUCGUUUGCUUCUUUUAUUUUAUCUUAUUAGGCUACUUUUUGUAUAAAACUUGUCAAAAAUUCGCCAAACUUUGAAAGAUUUCGAAAAAAUCCUGAAAUUGUAACCCAUAACUAAUGUAGUUUUGCAGACGACUCGAUCUCGGACUCCUGGCCAGUGUGGAUGCUCGAUUCAUGGGGUCGCCCGUUGCCUGGAAUCCAUUCCCGAGGCCCUUUCUUCUUCCUCGGACAUUAUGAUCAAUGUGCAAGUUUAUCCACGGAAAACAGAACCGCCCGUUAUUGUAGGGCCGAAUGGGAUAUUCAGUGGGGCCAACAGUCAAUCCCGCUUCACUAUGGUAGGGCUGUUUUUGAACCACCACAGUUUAGGAAAGUUUACGGCGCAAAGAAAGACUUGACACGGAUGGGUCAAGUCUUCCGCUCAUUGUUUUCUUUCUUUGUCAAAGCGCUUUUUGAUGAUUAAAAUUAUUUUCUAGUGUAGUAGAAGGUUGUCGAUUGUUAUCUUUCAGGUUUCUGCAUUUUGAAGCAGUGCGAGUACGUUUUCCGUGACCCGAACAUUACACUUGAUCUGGCAAGUGGAAAGGCACGAAUUAGCUGUAAAGAUGCCAAGAAAACGUUUGAAUGGACCUCUGAUAAGGUAAGCUAUGAUGAAAGAAACAUUUUGCAUCUCGUUUUGAGCCGUUUCAUUGAGUUGGAGUCUUUUUUUGAUGUUAUCCAUGAUAAAUUUCUUUCCCGAUAACUUUGGCAUUCCCCCGAAUAACAUUUUAGAUUGUGUACACAUCCAUUGUGGGCCUACUGGUGUCCUUGGUAAUUAUUGGCACGAUUUACGAGCGCUGGAGCCACGGAAAUCACACAAUUAGGUCUGUUCUCGGCAUGGAAAAGAUUGGCCGAGCCGCAGCGAAGGGUUCGAACAGAGAGACGGAAUACCGCGGAAUUGACGGUAAGUUCUAUUCGGAUCGUGGUGAAAAUUGAGUUUAAGACGAGAGUAUGAACGUCACUUUAUACGAAACCGAACUUGGCUCAUCCAACGUGCCAAGUGUUGCCCUCACAUACAAACCGGUGAAAGCGGUGUUCAAAAAUCAAAACGGACUUUCAUCGAUUGUAAGCAGUGUUAUUAGGCUAUGUUAGUCAUAUUUCUGACAUUUCUGCCUCACUUUAGUCAAAAAUAUUCUUUUUGGGUCAAGUCUUUUCCUCCGAUAUUAUUCAUGCCAAAUCCGAUAAAAUUUAAUUUCAGCUUCGCUCAUUUAGUGUCUUCUACAAUGUGAAUAGACUGCUGAGAACGCCGAGACUUGAAAUCGACGCCCUUCACGGGAUCCGGGUCCUCAGCGGCUUCUGGGUCAUCCUAGGCCACGCCCACUUAUUACCGUUGGCAUUUGUGGACAAUGUCAGGCAGCUGGUGGACAAAUUACAGACUGAAUUGGUGUAUUCUGCACUGAUUGUGAAUUCCGGACUCGCUGUGGACAGUUUCUUCCUGGUGUCGGCCACGAUCUUCUCCUUUGUCAUUCACCGAAAAUUGAGGAGGCAGGUAUAAUAUAAAUGGACAAGAGUUAAUGGUAUUGGUUUAGAAUCCCCGAAAUCACUCUUGGAGGACAUGUAAAACGGGCCUUGGUGAUGUACUUGCACCGAUGGAUCCGUUUAGUACCAACUUAUGCGUUUGUUCUGGGAUUUGUUCUGACUUUUUUCAAUUCUCUUGGAUCGGGUCCGGUUUGGAACGAAGAGAAGGGUAAAAUGCGCAUAUUUAAAAUGCAAGGUUUGGUUUUUUUAGGUGUUUUUGGAAGUCAAUGUCGCAGCGAUGACUGGGUCCAUCACCUGUUUUUCCUGGUCAACGUCUACCCCAAUAAAUGCAUGCCUUGGAUGUGGUACUUGAGCGUGGAUUUUCAAUUGUUCCUGGUGAUUUAAUAUUCUUAAUUGGUUGAAUUAAUUGUUGAUUAGGUGUAGAAAGCAUUUUGGUGGCUUUUCCAGUGUCGUUUUAGCGGUUUGGACAUGAGGGGAAGAGUUGACUCAAAAUUUUUGGUUUGGGUCAAGUCUUUUCCUCGAGUGGAAAAGUUUGAUUUGAAAGUAAAAAGUGAUUUGAAAUAGACUUUAAUAGUGUUUAGGAGUAUCGACAAUGUUUUUUUCAGUUUUCCCCUAUCUUAAUAGCCAUUCUUUACCACUCGAAGACGGCUGGAGCCUAUAUUAUUGGAAUUUUGAUUGCUUCGGUUUCAAUUUACAGAGCUGCCGUGGUGUAUGCCUAUAAGUGAGUGGAUAAUUAUGUGAUUCGAACAUUUAUUGAUCCUAUUUCAGUUUCCCGGUCAACAUUGCGGUCCAACUUGUCCAAGAAGGCAAUACCGAAUCGGAUAUGGAAGAGGCCCAGAAGAUGUUCCACUGGCUCUAUGCCAACCCGUUUGCUCGCUCAGCCCCGUAUUUGUUGGGUAAGGGAUAGUUGAGGCAGUUUGAUUCGUAUUUUAGCGAUUCUUCUCGGCUGGAACAUCCAUUCGAAGCUAUCAAAGUCAAUUUAUUUGUGGAUCCUCCGAUUUUCGAGCCUUAUUUUGAUGGCAUGGGCAAUUUUUGGGAUGGAAAUGAUACCUAGUAGAUUGUAUGACGUCAUUUACAGUUCGUUGUAUCGAACUUCAUGGUCAUUGGGACUGGCGAUUAUGGUCUGGCUAAGUUAUCACAAUCAAUUUUUCUGGAUCAGCGAUCUUUUGAAUGCCAGACAAUGGGUUCCUGUGUCAAGGUAAAGGGGGUUCGGAUGUGUUUUGGAGGUUUAUUUGGAAUUUAGGGGUAUAAAUUAAUUUUGGGUUUGAGUCUCGCCACGAAAACUUUUGAUUUUGAAACUUGAUAACUAGGGUGUUAAAUUGAUAUAGAAGAAUAAAAAUUAAAUGAAGGAGGCACGUAAGACUUGGUUUUGCAUUUACCAAAAUUUUUUGGGUCCCGCCACGAAAGCCUGAAAAUCUGGAAAUCUCUCAAAAAUUGCUUCCAAGUUAUCGGAAAUUGUGUAUAUACGACAAUAAGACGUGUUAAUUUAUUUAUUUUUGCACUGUACCUCUAAAUUUUAUUUAUUUUCAGAUUGGGUUACGGUAUUUACCUUACACAUGAACUUCUCAUCAUUUUUAUCGUAUUUUCCCGCCGAACCGCAUGGAACGUGACCUCACUGAUGGACGUGGUUCAACUUGCUCUUUCCGUUUUCUGCUUCUCGAUUGGGUUGGCGUUUGUUUUGGCGAUUUUGAUCGAGCUUCCACCACUAACGGCUGAACGGAAACUUUUGAUGACAACGAGAGAUGGGAAUGAGGAGGAGAAUGAGAAUGCGGUGGAAAUGGAGGUUGUGGAGAAGGAAGAGAUGAGUGAAAAGGAAAGUCGAUUGGAGUAAGUUUUGCGACUUAUUUGGGGGUUACGGUAGGAUACUUGAAUAUGGGUGGGUACUGUAAUAUAAGGCUAGAAUUGGUAAUUUGGAAGUUGAAAAUAGAAAGUAAAUUUGAUUAAGAAAUGGUAUCGUAAUUUUGCGGUAUUAAUUUGCAUAGUGUUGCGAGAAAAAAAUGAGUUUAUUUUUUGCACAGUGCGAAAUUUUGAGAUGAUAUUUUUAGGUAGAAAAUCUGGGUAAAAUACGCUUGGCUUUGGUUAGUUGGUUUAUUAUACCUCUGUAAUAACAAUAGAAAUUACUUUGCGCCUUUUACUACGGCUUAAGUUGUCCUUACACAAGUGUUGUUCUUGUGCACAGUGCGAAAUUUUGACAAUCCGAAAAUCGAGUUAAAAAAUUGUAAAUAUGGCUGGAUACGAUAAUAAUAAUAGGCAAUUUGAUUUUCAGGCCACUGAUCGCAUCUCCAGAGCAAUCUCAACGCAUCAGUUCCACCGAACAUUGGGUUUUGAAUGGGACAAUGAACGAAACUGCUUUCUUGAGUUUUGACGAGGAAGAUCGAAGACACUGUGGACAAAGCGACUCCUCCAGCUUUGUUUAG